CCUAUUUCCUGGUUCGCCGGCGGCCAUUUUGGGUGGAAGCGAUAGCUGAGUGGUGGCGGCUGCUGAUUGUGUUCUAAGGGGACGGAGUCGGGGGAAGACGUUUGCUCUCUCGGAACAGCGUAUCUCAUUCCUCUCCCUUCGACUACCCGUGGCGCGGAGAGUCAGGGCGGCGGCUGCAGCAGCAAGGGCGGCGGUGGCGGCGGCGGCAGCUGCAGUGACAUGUCCAGCAUGAAUCCCGAAUAUGAUUAUUUAUUCAAGUUACUUCUGAUUGGCGACUCUGGAGUUGGAAAGUCUUGCCUCCUUCUUAGGUUUGCAGAUGAUACAUAUACAGAAAGCUAUAUCAGCACAAUUGGUGUGGAUUUCAAAAUAAGAACUAUAGAGUUAGAUGGGAAAACAAUCAAACUUCAAAUAUGGGACACAGCAGGCCAAGAAAGAUUUCGAACAAUCACCUCCAGCUAUUACAGAGGAGCCCAUGGCAUCAUAGUUGUGUAUGAUGUGACAGAUCAGGAGUCCUUCAAUAAUGUUAAACAGUGGCUGCAGGAAAUAGACCGUUAUGCCAGUGAAAACGUCAACAAGUUGUUGGUAGGGAACAAAUGUGAUCUGACCACAAAGAAAGUAGUAGACUACACAACAGCAAAGGAAUUUGCUGAUUCCCUCGGAAUUCCAUUUUUGGAAACCAGUGCUAAGAAUGCAACGAAUGUAGAACAGUCUUUCAUGACAAUGGCAGCUGAGAUUAAAAAGCGAAUGGGUCCUGGAGCAACAGCUGGUGGUGCAGAGAAGUCCAAUGUUAAAAUUCAGAGCACUCCGGUCAAGCAGUCAGGUGGAGGUUGCUGCUAAAAUUUGCCUCCGUCCUUUUCUCACAGCAAUGAAUUUGCAAUCUGAACCCAAGUGAAAAAAACAAAAUUGCCUGAAUUGUACUGUAUGUAGCUGCACUACAACAGAUUCUUACCGUCUCCACAAAGGUCAGAGAUUGUAAAUGGUCAAUACUGACUUUUUUUUUAUUCCCUUGACUCAAGACAGCUAACUUCAUUUUCAGAACUGUUUUAAACCUUUGUGUGCUGGUUUAUAAAAUAAUGUGUGUAAUCCUUGUUGCUUUCCUGAUACCAGACUGUUUCCCGUGGUUGGUUAGAAUAUAUUUUGUUUUGAUGUUUAUAUUGGCAUGUUUAGAUGUCAGGUUUAGUCUUCUGAAGAUGAAGUUCAGCCAUUUUGUAUCAAACAGCACAACCAGUGUCUGUCACUUUCCAUGCAUAAAGUUUAGUGAGAUGUUAUAUGUAAGAUCUGAUUUGCUAGUUCUUCCUCGUAGAGUUAUAAACAGAAAGAUUACACUAUCUGAUUAAUAGUUUCUUCAUACUCUGCAUAUAAUUUGUGGCUGCAGAAUAUUGUAAUUUGUUGCACACUAUGUAACAAAACAACUGAAGAUAUGUUUAAUAAAUAUUGUACUUAUUGGAAGUAA